UUCCAGGGAGCUACAGUUCCUGGAGAUAAACACGGCUUUCUGCAGGGAGAAAAGAAGGCUUUGAAAAGUUACCCGCCACAAUGACGGACAGAAGCCCCUUCGAAACCGACAUGCUCACCCUCACCCGCUAUGUCAUGGAAAGGGGGCGGCAGGCCAAAGGGACAGGAGAGCUCACGCAGCUGCUGAACUCCAUGCUGACGGCCAUCAAGGCCAUCUCCUCCGCGGUGCGCAAGGCCGGCCUGGCCAACCUGUAUGGGAUCGCGGGAAGCGUGAACGUGACGGGGGAUGAGGUGAAGAAACUGGACGUGUUGUCCAACUCCCUGGUGAUCAACAUGCUCCAGUCCUCCUACAGCACCUGCGUACUGGUCUCAGAGGAGAAUAAAGAGGCGAUCAUCACCGCCAAGGACCAGCGGGGGAAAUACGUGGUCUGCUUUGACCCACUGGAUGGAUCUUCCAAUAUUGACUGUCUGGCCUCCAUUGGAACUAUAUUUGCCAUCUACAGAAAGACCUCAGGGGACGAGCCUUCUGAAAAGGAUGCCCUGCAGCCAGGCCGCAAUAUUGUGGCUGCGGGCUAUGCCCUCUAUGGCAGUGCGACCCUGGUGGCUCUUUCCACUGGGCAAGGUGUGGACCUCUUCAUGCUCGACCCAGCUCUUGGUGAAUUUGUUCUGGUGGAAAAAGAGGUAAAAAUUAAAAAGAAAGGAAAGAUUUACAGCCUCAAUGAGGGCUACGCCAAGUAUUUUGAUGCUGCCACCACGGAAUACGUGCAGAAAAAGAAAUUUCCCGAGGAUGGCAGUGCUCCCUAUGGGGCUAGGUACGUGGGCUCCAUGGUGGCUGAUGUGCACCGAACCCUAGUCUAUGGAGGGAUUUUCCUAUACCCAGCAAACCAGAAGAAUCCUAAGGGCAAGCUCCGGCUCCUGUAUGAGUGCAAUCCUGUGGCCUACAUCAUCGAGCAGGCGGGAGGCUUGGCGACCACAGGCACCCAGCCCGUGCUGGACGUGAAGCCUGAGGCCAUUCACCAGCGAGUCCCCCUCAUUCUGGGGUCCCCGGAUGAUGUGCAGGAAUAUCUCACCUGUGUACAGAAAAACCAGGCAGGCAGGUAGUGGGUUUGACCCUGCCAGCCCUCUUCUUUUUUUGUCUUUACCUUGUAUUAAGGACCCUAAAUGACUGGUAAGCAGAAACAAAAGGCCAGGCCACCCACUCACAAGCAGGAGCAGCGCCAAACUGCUCGCCACCGGUUAGAGGCCAGAGGCGACGCUGUGGUCAGUGUACAUGGCUAAAAAUAAAAAUCCACGCGUG